AUGUCGCACUACUCUCCUCAGGCAUACGGCGUAUUCCAGCCACAAUACCCCGCGUACACGGGUCAGAAUCACUACCCAACGCAAUAUCCAACGCAAGGAACCCUGUGGCCGCAUACCUGCAUACCCUGCUGUACAAACGAAACCGCCAUCCCCGCCUCCGCACCUCUUUCAGCUCCUGAAAUACCUGCCGUGACUUCUGAAUUUGCAUCUCAUGCGCUCGAGCGAUUGGCCUCUGCUGAACUCUCGCGCGUUGGCUUCGAUUCUGCCGAACCAGCAGCCCUUCAAAGGCUGGAGCUGGAAGUGAUUGCUUUCGUAGAGAAGCUAUACAAGAGUACACAUGAAUAUGCAAACCUAGCCAAUCGGGCUGGUCCAGUCGCGCAGGAUGUCCUAUUGGCGUCGGAAGAGUGGGGGUUGCAGACGAACGCACUCCAUCGGUUCGCGAUGAAAGCGAAGAAGAGAGACCGUCGCGCAGCCUUGAUGGACUUGGUUCCGCCGCCCUCUCGAUCGCCCUCACCAGAGCUGUUGCCGUCUGACGACGAAGACACACCACCCGUCAUUCCGACCUCCCUUCGUCAACUACCGUGGAAUGAGCGCUAUCUCCCCGCAUUACCUCCCAAACACACCUACCUGAGGACACCUGUCUCCCCGCCAAAGAAGGCUGCCUUGCCUUCAUUGGAGAAGAAGCUCAAGAAUGCAGGCUGGUACAGGAGUCGCUGA